AUGGUAACGUGACACAGCUAGUUGUCAAAACAAAUCAUCGGAAAACAACGGGAAAACAGAAAAUUUUCAUCUUCAGCUGGAGUCUGAUUGCGAAAGACUGAAGCAUAUUUUUCAUUCCAUCGCAUUUUCUUGCUGUUUCUUAUAAGAUAUAAACUAGAAUGUCGCAAGAAGUGGAGGAAACCCUGAAGCGGAUCCAAUCGCACAAAGGCGUUGUCGGCACGAUUGUGGUCAAUAAUGAAGGUAUUCCGGUGAAGAGCACCUUGGAUAACACAACCACCGUUCAGUAUGCCGGUCUGAUGAGUCAGCUGUCCGACAAGGCGCGGAGCGUUGUUCGCGAUUUGGAUCCCUCUAAUGAUUUGACAUUCCUCCGGGUGCGAUCGAAGAAGCACGAAAUUAUGGUUGCCCCAGAUAAGGAUUUCCUCCUGAUCGUGAUUCAGAAUCCGACCGAUUGAAGAACACAUUUUUUGCUUGUUCUAGUUGAUAAUUUUUAUUCGUCGAGUGAAGACAGAAACUCUUAAAUCGGUUUCAAAUUGGUAUUUAUUUAAAUCAAACUUUACAUGUGUAACGAGGUAAAAUUCACAAUAUAACAUUUUGAUUUUCUCAGUAACACCUUAAAUUCGUACGGAAAUAAAACCUAAUAAUUGAAAGAUCAA